CGCUAGUAGUCACCAAAACAAAUAUGGCGUCAAGAGCCCAACCCGUGGAUGUUAUUUUUAGUACGUGUGUGCGAUUUUAAGUGAAAUUAAACCGUGAUUAUGUCAAAAUAAUAUGAAAACAUGGAGGUGCCAAAUAAUACCACGUCUUCUGCGAGUUUCUGCGAAAUUUUUGAGUCUGAAUUGACAGAAUACGAACUGAAACACCAAGGGGCUCAAAAGAAACCAUGGACUGCCGAAAAAGUUUUAGAGGUUAUGAACAAUAUACGAAAAGCUAGGGUGACCGUGAGUUCCAAUCAACCCAGGACUUCUAUGGACUAUUACUGGUUAUCAAAGUAUGACAUAAUGAAAAUAGCAAAUAAAGAUUAUUUAAUAUUUAAACGAAAAACUGUAAAUGAUCCGACUAUACGUAUUAUACCAAGAAACGAAUACUUUAGGAUACUAGAAGAAGUGCAUAUAUCUUGCGGCCAUGGCGGGCGGGACAAAAUGACACAAGCAAUUAAAUCAAAAUUUUAUAUACCAAAAAAAGCAGUAGAAAUUUUCGUUUCUCAUUGUCCUACGUGCGAAACGAAGAAACAGCUCAGAAAAGGAAUUGUGUCUCAGGAUUUUAAUAUGACAGAGCAGGUGGAUGUAAUUGAGUUCCAAUCCUGUCACGAUGCCGACGGCGAGUAUAAGUGUAUGGAAAGUGCUAAUUCAACGUAUGAUACUCUGCAAGAUGAAUAUAUCGACGCCGAUACGAGUUCAGGAAUCUCACCAGAUCGUCGGCCGUCGUCCACCAGCAUCACACCAAACCGUGACGACAACGACAUCCCAGAAUCGGAUGACACAGACGCCCCAGUGGCGUUCACUACACCACAUAAGCGGCAAACGACCAAUCGCAAACGCAAGCUGACAAAUGGGAAAGUCUCAUCCACCCAUGAGGCGUUUGGUCACUACAUUGCGGACAAGUUACAAAAUCUGUCGAAUAAGCAACGAAUUUUUGCGGAGAAAAUUAUAAAUGACGCGAUUUUUGAGGCGGAGCUUGGUAAUUUGGGUAGAGACUGCUAUGUUUAUGUGCCGGCGCGGAUAAAGACGUCAGGUUCGGAGUGAUCGUCGGUUGAAGUUUUUUUACAUUGUAAAAAUUGUUUAAAACUGGCUCUGGGAGCCGUAGACCUCGCGAUAAGUUUUAAAAAACCGAACAAGUGCGAGCCGGACUCGCGCACGAAGGUUUCCGCAUCAUUACGCAAAAAACAGAAAAAAAAUCACGUCUGUUCUAAGGGUAACACUUAAAUAUUUUUAUGAUGUUUAAAUAACACUUGCACAGUCACCUAUCAAAAUCGCUGCCGACUCGGCUUGGUCUAAGUCUAACUCUAAGUAUGUUAUUUAAAUGUUCAGUAAUAUAAUAUAGCAGAUGACAUAACUACUAUACUCUGUAAUCUCUGUAUCUUUAGGUAUUUAAGAGCCCUUCAACGUGCACACUAGCGCCACAGCUAAAUAAUCGUGAUUAUUUAAAUUUAACGAAAGAUAUUGAAAAAAGGGGGCCGCUACGUACUGUAUUGUGUAUUUAAGUACCUUUUGAAUACAUCAAACUAGUUUUUAUGUUGCUGGAUUUGUCAAUCUAUGCGUCCAAAGUUAAAACGGCCGUUUUUGUUUUAAGUUCCUUGACCGACGAAACCAGCAACAUAGAAACUAGUUUGAUGUAUUCAAAAGGUACGUAAAUACACAAUACAGUACAUAGCGGCCCCCUUUUUUCAAUAUCUUUCGUUAAAUUUAAAUAAUCACGAUUUUUUAGCUGUGGCGCUAGUGUGCACGUUGAAGGGCUCUUAAAUAAAAGUAAACAAAAUCUACCCUCAAAUGGCUCCUUAAUCCUGUUGAGGGUAGAUGAAAACAUUACAUGAUCAAACAAUGUAUGUAGCUUAUUGUCAGGUCGUUCAGUGACUGAUCCAGGCGGUUUUGUACUUGGUUGGCUACCCACCCAAUGAAUGUUAUAACUACCCGAAAAUUUACAAAUUGUUUGUUUACUUUUAUUUAAAUACCUAAAGAUUCAGACUAUAGAGUAGGUAUAGAGUAGACCUAUGUAAAUACCUGACUCUCCUGAAUUUAAACAUAAGUUGAAGUAUAAAUGGUGCUUAAAUAAGAUGAUAAUGAUUUUUGACUUCUUAAAAAUGUAGUUCCUAAUUAUUAAUGUAAGUAAAUUUCAUUUACCAUUGACAUUUCUCAUUCUUUUUCCUGUACCUACCUAUGUGUAAUUAAUUUAAUUGCUAUAUGUUUUUUAAAAUAUUUUAUUACUGGAUGAAAUGUAAAUAGGUACAGAAAUUUACAAACUUAUAACUACUAUAACUAGGUAAAUAUAAAAAAUAAGGGUAUUAAAUGCUAUUAGGCCAUAGGCACCCGGCUAAAUGUACCUAGCAUCACACCACCUACACCUAGCAGUAUGUAUGUUUUUAAAAUUGUUUCAAUAGCAUAUAUGACAUUACCAUAAUUAUUUUUUUAACAUCCGCCUAAUUUUUUUUUCUCUUUAUUUUUAGAGCUUGUCACCGAGGUGAACAUGUCGCUCCAUAAAAAAACCACAAAUUAAUAUAUUCUUACAACUAACUUAUUCUACAUAUCCGCCUAAAUUACUCUUAAGGUGUGACAUUGCAUAAAUAUUUUUAAUCUUUUUCAAACACGAUGGGCACAGUGACACAUGUCGUCUCAAUACAAUUUAUAAAUCUUGCAAUCUUGCAAAAUUGUAUUGAAAUGACAUGACAUGUGUUACCGUACCCAUCGUGUUAGAAACGUAUUAUAGAUAUAUGGGGCAUUAUCUAUGAAAAGGGACCUUAUUGUCGAUGGCGCAUACGCCGCACAGCGUCGCGCGGCAUUGUAUUUAUAUCGGAGCAUUGUUAAUAAUGG